ACGUCGCUUUAUGUUAAUAAGAACGUGUAGUACGCGAAGGAUUAACGCUAUUUUUAAUAUUUUAAAUUGAUUGAAGUGUCCAAAAAUUUCAUGCAUGGCCUACUGAUCCACUUUUUUUACUCAAAAAAGUCUAUUGAAUGGCACUUUCUACUGUGAUCGUGGUCACGUAAACGCAUUAACUUGGCAUUUCGCUGAGGUUUCGGCUCUCCACUGCAGCCAAUGUUACAAUAAAAUGGCAGAGACAGAACCCCAAGCCGGAGAUACAGGGCCACCGAAGGGCAUCCCAGCCCUGAAGGCUCAUGUGAAUGCCAACAGAGUGGACGUUGCCCUCUGGGCCAUCAGAGUCAUGACCGUCCUCUUCACCUUUGCAUAUGUACUGCCUUUGUUCAACAACCCAGUAUCAGCGUUCUACAAGGCGCUCCUCGCGAACGCAGCGACGUCAGCCCUGCGGCUGCACCAACGCAUCCCGGCGCGAGAGAUCUCCAUCUCCCGGGAGUUCCUCGCGAGAUUCUUCCUCGAAGACAGCGCGCAUUACCUCUUCUACUCGCUCAUAUUCAUGAAUGUGGCGCCUAAUUUGUUGAUCCUGACACCAAUCUUCCUGUUCGCGUUACUGCACGCCGCGUCCUACUCGCUCACCAUACUUGACACUCUAGGUCAGAACUCGAUGUGGGUGGCGCGGCUGCUGAUCUCGCUGGUGGAGUUCCAGUCGCGCAACAUCCUGCGCGCCGCCGCGCUCGCGGAGAUCGUGCUGUUCCCGCUCGUCGCGCUCAUGGCACUCUUCGGCUACUGUGGUCUCCUCACCCCCUUCGUAUACUACUACUUCGUGACGUGGCGGUACGCGUCACGCCGCAACCCUUACACGCGCAACACGUUCCGCGAGCUGCGCGUCGCCGCCGAGCGAGCCGCCGCCCGCCCCGCCCUCCCCGCGCCCCUCCGCAGCGCCGUCACCCGCGCCGUGCACCUCGUGUGCCGCAUGGCGCCGCCCAUGGACCACGUGCAGCAGUAAACGUCUCAUACGUAUGGUCAGUUAAGGUGAACAGAAAACUUUCUACAUCACUGUCGUUCUCUAUAUCGAAACUGCGCAUGUGUGUGUGUCUACACGUGUGUGUGUUCGUGAAUGUCUUCAGUUGCGAGUUACUUGACCAACACUUGUUCACCGCCACUUCUACAUAAUAUAAACAGGUCGAAAAAAAACUAAAAACAUUAUGUACAAAACGGCCACAUACUAUUACGUAUGUAUAUAAAAAAGUAUUUUUAACUUUUGUACAUUUUCAAAAUCUAAUUUAUAAAGUUGCCUGUUUAUGAACUUUGAAAGAAAAAGUUAUCGUAUUCCGAACUCUCAGUAAUAUAAUUUGUCGAAAAACCACGCUGUGAAGGUAACAUCCACUUGAAGGCGAUCAAAAAACACCGUCCACUCGGACUUAAUGUAAGAACAAACUAUCCAAACCAUUGCAGUACAAAAUCCCAUAUCCAGAUAUUUAGUUAUGGCAACACCGAGACGAGAGUGAGACAACAUCAUAUCUCAAGUAAGACCUUUCAAGACUGCCAUUACCAAAUAAUCCAUCCGUACAAUGUAUUCCAAUGCAUUUCAUUUUGGUUGCUAAACUCAGUUUAAUUAUAUUGUAACGUAGGGGAUGUACUUUAUGUAUUUAAGAUUAAUUUCUAUUUAAUGUCGGUCCAAUUUUAUUUAAGACAUAAAGAAUGUUGAAUGUUUAUGUUAGACUGAUAAGUGAUUUAUUAUUCAAUGUAAGUUUUUAUGGUAAAGCGGAAUUGUCUGUCAGUAUUUUUUUCGUCACAAUGGAAAUUGUCGUUGAGCGAGAAUACUAGAAGAGCCAUCUCUAAAAUGUAUCAAGUAUUUCUUUGAAAUGAAUUUAUUUAUAUUGUUCUACUGGCUCUUCUAGUCGAAUAGUUCUAAGAUGGAUUCGACAUUCCAUUUGUGUCCAAUAUCAUAAUAAUAUUGUUCCAAUCAUGUUUCCGUUCUCAUUAUUAUUUAAAAUCCAUAAUUUCUAAGCGAGCACAUAUCUCUUUGGAAUUGAUGUAAAACUGCAAUUAAAUAUAAAUGAAAGUGACCUGUCACAUGUUAUUUUUGUGAAUUGUGUAUUCCAUAUUAAUUUGUUUAUGUUGUGUAUCGCCAGCGACAUUUUUGUAUUAGCAAUAAUUAUAAUGCACUUGGUUUGGGGUGAAUGUAGUCAGGUUUUUAAAUAAAUGUUGGUAUAAACGGUA